AUCACGGGACCUGUUCCUGCGGUCACUGCAUUUGUAAGGCUGGAUGGUUUGGAAAAUUGUGUCAACACCCAAGGAAAUGCAACAUGGCAGAAGACGAGAGCAGAAGUUUUUGUGAAUCAGCCGAUGGCAUAUUAUGCUCAGGAAAGGGUUCCUGUCACUGUGGAAAAUGCAUCUGUUCUUCCCAGGAAUGGUACACUACUGGAGAAUUCUGUGAAUGUGAUGACCGGGAUUGUGACAAAUAUGAUGGCCUUAUUUGCACAGGAAAUGGUAUAUGUAACUGUGGAAACUGUGAGUGCUGGGAAGGUUGGACCGGAAAUGCUUGUGAGAUCUGGCUUGGGGCCGAAUAUCCCUAACGUUGCCAUGAAACACUGAAGACUGACAGAUUGGUGGUGCAGAAUGAGACUGCUAGACUACAUAAAUGUAAAAUGGACACAACCAAAGAAAUCCAUGCGUCCUAAUCAAUCAGCUCAGCAAAAUAUUUCCUAAAAUAUAGUAUAAGAAGCACUGCUCUGUAGCUCAUCGUUCUAAUUCUGUGUAUAUUUUCCUUCUCUCUCUGUCUCUCUCUCUCUCUCUCUCCCAUAGCUUUUGUGUGUGCUGUAAGUGAGGCAAAUUUGUUAUGUAAUGCACUUGGAUUACUGAAUUUCAGCUUCCUAGUAAAGUCAGAACUGUUUUAAGUGCAAUAAUUCAAAAUGGUUUAGGAUGACGCAAAAUGAGCGAAUUGGUGGUGACAGUGAUGGAGGGGAUCCUUUUGACUAUGGAGAUCAGUUCGUUUUUCUCCUGAAAACUUUCGCACGCUCUCAUAGAUCCCCACAAAAGCUGCUUGCUGUCUAGGUUACCACUUACUAUCAAUCUUCAUUCAUUUAUUUGCAAGACUUGUGGGGAAAAAAGCUAGAUAGAAUAGGAGCAUUUGAGGACACUGCUCCCUGCAUUAAAGUACUGCUUCCUUCUACAGGGUUAGCAAUGAGAUCAAACCAUUUGUCUUGAUUUAUGCACACACACCCCUUUUUAAAGGAAAAAAUAAAACACCCGAAUCUUGAAAAAUACAUUCCAUGUCUGUCAUUUAGGCACACAUUGCAAGCAUACAGUGUUUGCUUCUGUGCUUGUUUUUCUCAGCAUAAUUUUAUUUCUAUUGCUUUGUCACCUUUGCCAACUGCUGCUGAAAUCCUAUGGUGAGCCUUA